AUGAAAAUGCUAGCAAGGCUCAUUCUGGGACUUGUCAUCUUUGAUGCUGCUGUGACUGCUCCAACUUUGGAACCCAUCAACUAUGACUCAGAAACGUAUGAUGCCACUUUGGAAGACCUGGCUAAUUUGUACAACUAUGAAAACGUACCUAUUGGUCAAGCUGAGAUUGAAAUAGCCACAGUGAUGCCUUCUGGGAAUAGAGAGCUCCUUACCCCACCCCCACAGCCAGAGGAGGCUGAAGAGGAGGAGGAGGAGGAGGAGUCCACCCCCAGACUCAUCGAUGGCUCUUCUCCACAGGAGCCUGAAUUCACCGGGGUUCUGGGCCCACACACCAAUGAAGACUUUCCAACCUGUCUUCUAUGUACAUGUAUAAGCACCACUGUAUACUGUGAUGAUCAUGAACUUGAUGCUAUUCCUCCACUGCCCAAGAACACUGCUUAUUUCUAUUCCCGCUUCAACAGAAUUAAAAAGAUCAACAAAAAUGAUUUUGCAAGCCCAGAUGAUUUAAGAAGGAUUGAUCUGACCUCAAAUCUAAUAUCUGAGAUUGAUGAGGAUGCAUUCAGAAAGCUACCUCACCUCCGGGAGCUCGUCCUGCGUGACAAUAAAAUAAGGCAGCUCCCAGAACUGCCAAACACUUUGACAUUUAUUGAUAUCAGCAACAAUAGGCUGGGAAGGAAAGGAAUAAAACAAGAAGCAUUUAAAGAUAUGUAUGAUCUCCAUCAUCUCUACCUCACUGAUAACAAUUUGGACCACAUCCCUCUGCCACUCCCAGAAAACCUACGGGCCCUUCACCUCCAGAAUAACAACAUUUUGGAGAUGCAUGAAGAUACCUUCUGCAAUGUUAAAAAUUUGACUUAUAUUCGUAAGGCGCUAGAGGAUAUUCGAUUGGAUGGAAACCCUAUCAAUCUCAGCAAAACUCCUCAAGCGUACAUGUGCCUACCUCGCUUGCCCAUUGGAAGCCUUGUCUAAUUUCAGAUAAUGGUUAGCAUUACGAUGCCCACUA